UUCUUAAGGUAAAUGAGUGAACAUUUUUAUCUUCAUCUUUAAACAGUUAACAUAAUUGUUAUUUUAUUGAUUCUUUUUCGCAACUGUUUCUUUUACUAAUUUACUCAUUUGAGUUGGAGAAAAGAAAUGGCCAACAAUUAGAUUAAAGUGGUUUUAAUUGUGAUGUUGAUUAACUUGAUUGGUCGGUGAUCGAUUACCUCUUUUUUUUGCUCUAUUCUCUCAGUUUUCUUUUUCCAUCAUCAUCAUCAUCAUGUUAUUACACAAGAAAAAGAAGCGAUCAUCAUGUUCCCUCCAUCAUGUUAACCAUUUGAAUCGUGAUAAUGAUGAUCAUCUUUACUGUUUUAAUUGUUCACCUAAUCAACGAUUAACUGAUAUUCCAGUUAAAAUUUGUAGAAAAGAAUGUUCAUCUUCCAAUAUUUUCCAUUUUUGUUUACCUUCAAGUGAUCAUUUUCUGUGGACAUUGGUCAAGUCAUUGUCUUCUUUUUCUUCGACACUUUUUUCUUUUUCUUUUUUUUCCAUCACAUGGAUUUUAUUUCUUGUUCUUUGUACAUUAUUUUUCCAAACUUCAUCAGCUCUACCUUCUUCUUCAUCGUUAUCAUCAUCAUCUUUUCCAAUAUGUCGACAGGAUAGAUCUUUGUGUUCAAGUAAAGAGGAAAGUGAAUUUUAUGAAUUAGGUGGACAACAAUUGAAUUCCCUUCUCGGUGAACCAAUGAGAAAAGUUGCCAAUGAGUUUGAUGAUUUUCAUCGUAAAUUUAACGAUGAAGUAACUAAUUUACUCGAAAAUUCAAAGUAUGGAUUCCAUUCAAUGUUCACCCGAACCUAUGGUCAGUUGUACCAUAAACACUCAUCGCUGUUUACUCACCUGUUUGAAGUACUUAGAAGUUAUUAUGAUACAAAUUCUGUUAAUUUGGAAACUGAAUUUGGAUUAUUUUUCACCAAUUUGUAUCAGAAAAUAUUCCAAGAGCUUAAUUUCCAGUACAGUUUUACCGAUGAAUAUAUGAAAUGUCCACAGACUUAUAUGCAUCUUCUUAAUCCGUUUGGUGAUGUACCGAAAAAGCUCAUCAUUGAAUUUCAACGUUCCUUUACUGCGGCCAAAGUUUUCUCUCAGUCAAUCAAAUCCGCUUCCGAUUUAAUUAAAUCCGUUAAAGAGCAACCAGUGACACCCAAUUGUCAAAAGUAUUUCAUUCAGAUGAACUAUUGUCAGAGAUGCGAAAACUCAUCGAAUCGGAUUCCAUGUUAUGGUUACUGUUCCUCAGUCAUUUCUUUAUGUACUUCAAGUAAUCGACACUUAAAUAAAGACUGGAAUUCGCAACUUGAUAAAUUAUUGGCGAUAAUGAAUCGCCUUGAAAACUCAUUCAGCAUCGAAGCGGCUGUUGGCCCAUUGGAUAUCAAAAUUUCCGAGGCCAUUAUGAACUUCCAAGAAAAUGGAGUCAACAUUACAAAAAAGAUUUGGCAAUAUUGUGGUAAACCCAAGGUUGGUAAACGAAGAGCAAUCAACCGGGAAUCAUAUGAUUCGCCUUCACCUUCAUCGGGAAAUUUUGGUUACUCAGGAAGCGACGGGUCACCUUUAGGUCACAUGCUGAACGAAUUCAAGAAAAACUUGAAAAAAUUCAAAGAUCUAUGGAUUAAAUUACCUGAGACAAUUUGUAAUUCAUCUCUUUCCACCUCGACAAUUAAUCAUGAUAAGAUAAACAAUCCAACUGAAUCAUGUUGGAAUCAAAGUGAUGCUACACAACAGCAACAAUUAACUGACAGAGGUGAACCUGUAAUUGAAAAGAUUGAAUUUAUUAAAAGCCAAAGGAUGUUAAUGAGAACCGUUAAUCAGAAACUGGAUGCUGCUUAUAAAGGAUCAGAGAUACAAGAAGAUGAUGAAACCAAUGGUGGAAGUGGAUCCGGAAGUGGUGAUGGAGAUUACGAAGAUUAUAAAGAUUAUGAUGAGGAUGAUGAAAAUCCUGACGAUUUAAUCAACAAACCAUCAACAUCCUCCCCCCAAUCAUCAUCAUCAUCAUCGUCAUCAUCUAAUGUUGAUUUAUCAUCCAGUGGGAGUACAACAGUUAAAAUUGAUGAUUUACUAACUAAAUCAAAUUCAACGAUAAAGUUUGGUGAAAAAAUUGAUUCAAAUGAAUCAAAUAAAAUCAAUUCAACUGCCACUAUUAUUAACAAUCAACAAUCACCAAGUCAAUCAUCAAACAAUCAAUUAAAAGAUUCAAGUUCAUUGGCACAACAAUCAAGAGGAUUCAUUUUUAUUCUGAUAAUUUUGUCAAUCUUUUCAGCUCAAUCACUGUGAUAACUUUUAGCAUAAUUAACAAAUUGUAAUACACUUUUUGAUUGUAGUUUCAAUCAAUCACGAAACAUUCAACAAUCAACUAGCCAGGAUUAAUUAGUAAAUCCUAAUUAUCCUCUUUUCCUUAAUUGCUUGUAUAAAAAUCAUUUUUUUAUGUAAAUAAUUUAAUUACCCAAACUAUCAACUUUUAAUUCAAGUUGUUAGUUAACAUUAAUCAUCAUCUAAUUGGUAAACAAAACCAUAAAUUGUAACUAUUUAAUUAUUUACCUGUAAAUAUUAAGUUCACAAUUUAAUAGUAUGUAAAUCAAUAACAAUCAACUUAAAUUAAUGAAACUUUGCUACUGAAUUAUUAUUAUAAUAAUCAUUUAAUUUCACUUGUCAAACAAAUCAAUGUUUUCAUACAAUUUUAAAUUUCAAUUGCAAUUAAAAGUUUAAACAACAAAUUAUUCAACCAAUUAAAUUGUUCAUUUGAUGGAUAUUCAAUUAAUCAAAGUUAUCUGAUCAAGUGACACGAGUUUGAAAACAAUUAACUUUAAUUGUUUAUCAUUUUUAGACUUUCUUUUUG